AUGGAGGCCCCCUCAGCCCAUGGACACAGAGACCGAGGCCCCUGGCAGGGGCUCCUGCUGGCAGCUUCACUCUCAACCUUCUGGAUCCUGCCAGCCACUGCCCAGCUGACUGUUGAACCAGAGCCUGCUAAUGUUGCUGAAGGGAACGAUGUUCUUCUGCGUGUCUCCAAUUUGUCAAGGGAACCUCUGAAAUAUAGCUGGUAUAAAGGAAGAGGUGUGGACAGCAGUCAACUUAUUAUAUCCUACAGAGUAGACACUCAAAAUACCACCCCCGGGCCCAUGUACAGCAGUCGAGAGACUAUAUACCCCAGUGGAUCCCUGCUCAUCUGGAAGGUUACCAAGGCAGACACAGGAGACUACAAUGUAUUAGUUUUAUAUGAUGACUUCUCCAAUGGAGGAGGAACAGGAAGUUUCCAAGUACUUGAGCCAGUGGCCCCGCCCUCCAUCCAAGCCAGCAACACCAUUGUCACUGAACACGAGGACACUGUGGUCCUGACCUGCCUCACAAGAGACACUGGGAUCUCCAUCCUGUGGCUCCUCAAUAAACAGCGUCUCCGGCUCACAGACAGGAUGACGCUGUCCCAGGACAGAAGCUCCCUCACCAUCAGCCCUGUCAGGAGGGAGGAUGCCGGGGAGUAUCAGUGUGAGGUCUCCAACCUGGCCAGUUCCAGCAGAAGUGACCCCCUCACCCUCACUGUAAAGACAGAAGGAGACACCACAGGCCUCUCUGAGGGGGUCAUCGCUGUCAUCUUAGUUGGGGCCCUAUCAGUGGUGGCGCUGGCAGCCGCCCUGUGGUGUGUUUCAGUUUGCAGUUCUGGCAGGUAUGAGGGCAUUUCCCACAUCCGAUCCUGUCCCUGGCCAGGAGGAGGAUACCCCGCCCCUGUUUUCUGGAGCCUCCUCAUCUAUCCAUGA